AUGUCGUCUCAAGAAGGAAGACCACCCUACCCACCGUUCACAGCUGAAACAGCGCAGAAGAAGGUCAAAGCAGCCCAAGAUGCAUGGAAUACCAGAAAUCCCGAUGGUGUAAAAAUGGCUUACACGCCGGACUCAAUCUGGCGCAACCGUGACCAGUUUCUGCAGGGUAGAGACGCCAUCAAGGAAUUUUUGACCAAGAAGUGGGAGAGAGAAAACGGCUACCGACUACGCAAGGAACUUUUCGCUUUUACGGAUAACAAGAUUGCUGUGCAAUUCUGGUAUGAGUGGUAUGAUGAGGCGGGCCAGUGGUGGCGAACGUACGGUCUUGAAGACUGGACAUUUGCGGAGAAUGGAUUGAUGAGAAAGCGACAGAUGAGCGGCAAUGAUGUUAAGAUUUCUGAUGAUGAGCGGUGGUUUAAAGACGGCGUUGAUGUAAAUGAGGUGGAUAUCUCUGAGAAACAUUGGUAG